AUGUCCACUGAAAAUAAUGCACCACCUUUAACACAACCAACUUUUUCAAAGGUAUCAUCUUUAAAACCAAUGUCAACAGGUCAUAAUUUAAUUUUAAAAGUAGUUAGUACAAAAGUUGUAAUUGAAAAGAAUAAAGAUAAGAAAGAAAUGAUAUCAGAAGCUGUUGUUGGUGAUGAAACUGGUACAAUUAUAUUAACUGUUAAAAAUGAACAAAAUGAUGUUGUACAGCCAGGUAAUACAAUUAUAUUAAGAAAUGGAAUUAUUAAAGUAUUUAAUGGGUUUAUGCGUUUAUAUGUAAACAUUUGGGGUAAUAUAAAAUUAUCACCAACUCCUUCUGAUUUUGUUGUAAACAAUUCAAAUGAUUUAUCUGCAAUAGAAUAUGAAUUAAAGAGAACUUAA